AUGGUGCUAACUGCACAUUUUAUAGAUUAUGGAUGGAAGAUGCACAAAAGAGUUCUCAACUUUUGUGUAAUUAAUAAUCAUUCAGGCAAUAGCAUAGGGAAGCUUAUCGAAUCAUGCUUGAUUCAAUGGGGUAUCGAGAGGGUUUUAACAAUUAGUGUCGAUAAUGCCGCGACUAAUAAGCAUGCAAUUGAUUAUGUAAGGAAGAAAAUGGUGAAUUGGUCGAAGAAGCCGGUUUUAGGAGGGAAGUUUUUGCAUGUGAGGUAUUUGGCUCACAUCCUCAAUCUCAUUCUGAGAUCAAGACUUACAAUCUUAGACAGGUCAGUGGGUUUGAUUAGGAAUGCAGUUAAGUAUGUUAGGAGCAGUUCAUCGAGGCUUGAGGUGUUCAAGAAGUGUGUUGAGAAAGAGAAGAUGCAAUCUAAGAAAAUCUGUGUCUUAGAUGUCCCAACUAAGUGGAAUUCAACAUUUAUUAUGUUGGAGACUGCCUUAGAGCUGAAGAAAGCCUUUUAUAAGAUGGCUAAUAAAGAGGACAGCAAGUACGAGAGUUAUUUUGAUGAACCUAAACCUGAAGACAAUGAUGGGGAGCUUGAAGAUGGUUUUGUAGUGGUUGAUCCGAAGACAAGAAAGAGGAUUAGACCACCAAAUGAACAUGAUUGGGAGAAAACUGCAAUAUUUGUGCAGUUCUUGAAGGUCUUGUAUAAGGUAACCUUGAGGGUUAGUGCAUCAAACAAGUCUACCUCACAUCGAGCAUUCCAUGACAUUGUAAGCAUUCAAGUGGAGAUAGAGGACUUGUUUGAUAGAGAUGAAGAAGAAUUUGAGCAUGAAGCACACAGAACCCUUUACCAGAUGGCUAUGAAGAUGAAAGCCAAGUUUACAAAGUACUUUGACAAGCUGGAGGACAUGAACCAGCUUCUUUUGGUAGCUCUCGUGCUGGAUCCUAGGUAUAAGCUUAGGAAUUUUGGCAGUAUUUGUCGGGAUAUGCUUGGAUAUGAUGGUUUGCAAGUUAAGAAGGCAUCGGAGGAACUGAAGGAGUUAGUUGUGCAGCUUAAUGACCUAUAUGCAUCUUCAAAUGAACCUUAG